UGGUCACUAGGAUUAUUGUCCCUAUCACGUAGUUUUUGCGGUAAAGGGGCAUGGAUUGGAUUAGCUAUUGUGUUGGCCUUGGUGAUAAUGAUUUAUAGGGCGUUUACAAAAAUACUGGCGUCUGUUUACGAUAUGUAUGGUUUAUGGUUUCUUCGUCCUACCCUGCAUCCCAGUUCUAGCAGUAUGUUUUGGGAAUUUAUUAGUAAUUGCACUCAGCUGGUUAGAGGAGGAGCAGGGAAUGAGGCUUUCCAGCCUUUCCUUUCCUUCUUCUCCUUUGAAUCUGGUAUGUCAUUUGUGGAGAAUGUUCAGUUUCCCCUGAAUAUUAAAGAGACCAUCUUUCUGGCAUUUAAUCUGGUAGGCUUCCUCUAUAUGGUCUGCAGCUUCUCUAGAAUGAGGGCUGAGAUGUCUAGAAGAGCUGAUGAGACCCCUGACCCAGAAGUAGACCCACGUGUGGAGAAUCCUGAGUGGGGUGGAGAAUGGGAAAAUAUGGGCCAAAUCCUGAAAGAAUUCUCUGACCCUAUAGUCUGGGACUUUCCCCAUGAACAAAUUCAGAACCCAGCUGAGGUGGGGAAAUAUCUCAAAGAGAACGUAAAUCAAACCAACUUGCUGAACUCAAAGCUGUUCAACUGACCUUAAACAUUGCUGAAAGAGAAAGGUAGCCAAGGCUCUACCUCUACACUGAUUCAUAGAUAGUAACCAAUGCUCUGUAAAGAUGGCUAGAGAGGUGAAAAGAGGCUAAUUAGCAGCGUAGAAGAAAACCAAUUUAGACUGUUGAAGAGUAGAAAAACAUCGCUACCAAAGUAAAGAGGCUACCUGUAAAAAUCCGCCAUGUAAAUGCCCAUGUCUCCAAAAGUAAAGCCAAUGAAGAGCACCAAAACAAUAAGCAGGUAGACCAAGCUGCAAAAAUAAAAGUGUCCAAAAUAGACCUAGAUUAGAAGCACAAGAGAGAGUUAUUCCUAGCUCAAUGGGCCCAUGAUGCCUCAGAUCACCAGAGUAGAGAUGCCACCUAUAAAUGAGCACGAGACCGAAAAAUAAAUUUAACCAUAGACAGUAUUUCUCAAGUUAUCCACAACUGUAAGACGUGUACUGCCAUCAAACAGGCCAAGAGAGUGAAGCCCCUAUAGUAUAGUGAGCGGUAGUCCAAGUACAACUAUGGGGAGGCCUGGCAGAUUGACUACAUCACACUGCCCCAGACACGCCAAGGCAAGCGCUACGUGCUCACAAUGGUAGAGGCCACCACGGGAUGGUUGGAGACCUAUCCUGUGCCUCAUGCUACUGCCCGUAACACCAUCCUGGGCCUUAAAAAGCAAGUCCUGUAAAGACAUAGUACCCCUAAAAAGAUUGAGUCAAACAACAAGACUCAUUUCAAGAACAGCCUUAUCAGCACCUAAGCCAAACAACAUGACAUUGAGUGAGUGUACCAUAUCCCCUACCAUGCACCAGCUACGGGAAAAGUAGAAAAGUACAAUAAGCUGCUAAAAACCACCUUAAAAGCCUUAAGUAGAAGAUCUUUCAAAAAUUAAAAACAGCAUCUGGCAAAGGCCACCUAGUUAGUUAAUACCCGAAGCUCUACUAACCGAGUAGGCCCUGCCCAAUCAGAGCCUUUGCAUAGAGUAGAUAGAGACAAAGUCCCAGUAGUACAUGUCAAGGAUUUGUUAAAGAAGACAGUUUAGAUCAAUCCUACCUCAAGUACAGACAAACCCAUUCGUGGAGUUGUUUUUGCUCAGAGACCAGGUUGCACAUAGUAGAUAAUGCAAAAAGGUGGAAGAACACGAUAUAUACCUCAAAGAAAUCUGAUUCUUGGGUGAGAACCAUGUAUAAAUAUCACUGUUUGCUGAAUGUUGCCACCAUUGUCUGUGUAUAGCUGUAUAUUAGAUGUAUAAUGUAUGUGUUUGUAGAGUUAGAAUAUAUAUAUUAGUUUUAGUAGUAAGGUGACGAUAUGGGGAUAAGAGGUGGAAUGUCCUGGGUUGACUAUGUGAUGCUUUUAUCCCCAAUCGUCUUGUUCUGUUUAUACUGAAUAAUAAGUUUUACACCUUUAAGACUCUCUUCCAGACAGUGAAGAGGGGAGGGAAGAAGCGCGCAGUUUGUUUUCAGACUGCUCUCACUCCUCCACAUUCCUGCUCCUGGACUGUGUUGUCUGCGGAUGGACAGACAGCCGGACAGAGCUCCUUUUUUCCCUUUUUCUUGCUUUUAGUUAGUUUUAGCUAGCUGAGGCAAAGAAGUUCUCCGGAUUGUGAUUUUUUCCUUUUUUCUUAGACGUGUUCAAGCCUGCUCUGGACUGAACACCCAGAAGAGCACCGGCAGCUCCACCUGUGGCCCCUGGCCAGGCCUGGGCCACGGCGUUUCCAGCACCAGAGACUGAUCAGAGACUGAGUGAGCCGAGCUGCAACCAGAGGAGAGGACUGUUCUGAGUUUGCUUUCCUUGGAUCAGUGAGAAGUUUUAUUGUUUAAUAUUGUUUGGUUUCUAUUGUUUAAUAAACAGGUUUCUUUCCACUUUUCUCCAAGGAGAUAUUUUCUCCCGAACCGGUUGGAGGGGGGAGGGGCAAUUGAAUCUGCUUUUGUAGAGAAGCCCCUUUAGAGGUUAUCUCCCAAACUUGCCCUAAACCAAGACACUCUUCCAUGACUCAGCCCUGAUAACGCCCUCCAGGGGCUAUCUUCUGUUAAUGGGCCAUUGAGUGUCCCUGCAGGACUGGUAAAAUGGCAUCAUCCCAUUGUGGGAUGCUGUGCCCAGGGGGAGGAGCCAAGCAUUCCUACCUGGAUAUAAGCUGAGGCUUACAGCCCCAGGAGCACCUUGCCUACUGGAUUGCCAGAGGACAAGAACUCCAUCACCACCACUGGACUUCAGAGGAGGACCAGACCCUUCUACAGGAUCACGGCUUUGACAGAAUUACGAUCAUCACUGCAACAGGACUGCAGCCACCAUUUAAUGGCACUGCUACCAGCACCCUGAGCAACAGGGUGCCAGGUUAUAUCCUGACUCUGUCGGUUUAAGGCAGGGUUUCUGUAUCAUUGUCUUGAUCUUAAUUUUCUUGUUAAAUUGUAAUUCUGACUUAGACUCUCCCUGUGGUUUGCCUUGAAACCAGUACAAAACUCCAUGUACUCAUCCAUUGUUUUCCUCUUAAACCAGGUUUUCCCAUUCCCAAACCUUGGCCGGAUGGAGGGGGAGGCUGCAAGGAAGAGGAAGAUAUCCCGAGACAUACAGGCAGACAAGGAGCUGAGGAUGGAGACCAGGGAGGGCAAAUCCCCAUGGCAGAACCUAGUGGAAGUGGCUGUUUUGAGGGGCUCCAAAGGACAGGAAUCCGACUGGGAGGAAAAGCCCCAGAGAUCCUGCAGGAGGAGGGGCUCCAAACCCAGCCCAGGGUGCUCUGAGGAGGAAAGACCCACCCUGUGCCAGGAAGGUGGACAAAGCUCCUGCCAGAGCUCAGAGCUGGUGGUCCAUGAGCAGCUUCAUGAUGGGGAAUGGCCAUACAAGUGUGGAAAAUGUGGGAAGGGCUUCAGUUGCAGCUCAGAACUCCUCAAUCACCAGUGGAUUCACGCUGAGAAGAGGCCUUUCCGCUGCCCCGAAUGUGGGAAGGGCUUCAACCGCAACUCGCACGUCAUCCGCCACCAGCGUAUCCACACUGGGGAGAGGCCCUACAAGUGUCCCCAGUGUGGGAAGAGGUUUCACACUAGAUCCAAUCUCCUCCAUCACCAGCAGAUUCACAGCGAGGAGAGGCCCUUCCGCUGCCCUGACUGUGGGAAGGGCUUCAAGCACAGCUACACCCUCGUCACCCACUGGCGCAUCCACACUGGGAAGAGGCCCUACGAGUGUCCCCAGUGUGGGAAGAGCUUCACCCAGAGCUCUAAGUUAACCAGACACCAACGGAUGCACCAGUAAGUGAAGCCCUGCAAAUGCCCCAAUUGCAGGAAGAGCUUCGUGCCUGGCUCCGGCUUCAUACCCAAUUGGAGGACCCACAUUGGGAAGAGACCUGUGAUCCAUAUUCACUGCAAUCCAUGCUAGGAAGACACCUGUCCCUUCUCCUGCCCCUGCCAGUGCCCUGAUGUGGGAUUGAAUAACCUGAGGUUCAGGCCAUGGCUGUGUCAUUACAUUCACUCCCACCUCAGGUCAUUGCCAGGGCAGGAAAGGGACUCUCUUUCUCCCUGAGGAGAAGGGUGUCCUUUGCAGGCAGGGGGAAAUACAUUGCCAGGAAGAGCCAGUCAGUUGUGUUGUAGUUUUCCCUGCAAAUAGUUUCUAUUUUCCCUUCUGUUGUGAAUAUUUUUGCUGUUCUUGAUUGUUCCUUAUCUCAUUGCUGUUCCUAAUAAAUUCUUCU